CGUGGGGAGUCAAUUCCGCCCCAGCGGCUUCUCCUAGGAGAGCCGCUUCGUCGGGCCCCGCCCAGCCCUAGCCCCUCUCGACUCUCGGGGCUGCGCCCGAGGCCCCGCCCCUUCCCUGCAAUAUCAUUGGCUCUGGUGACCGGCCCCCCGAAGCCCUGCUUCGGAUUGGUGGGCUCGGCCCGCCGCUCGGCGUCUUCCCGGGGCGUGAGCCGAGCGUGGCCACGCCCCCGACGUCGGGACGCUCAGUCGGCCUCGGGAGGCGCAGCCUCCGCCGCCGGAGAAGGAAGGAGGUCCGUUGUGCGAGCAGGCUGCUAUGGUGCUGAGUUCCCGGGUCGAGCCGACCGAGCCGAGGCGGUCGCGGCCAUGAAGGCGGGGGCGACUUCCAUGUGGGCUUCGUGCUGCGGCCUGCUGAAUGAAGUCAUGGGGACCGGAGCCGUCCGAGGUCAGCAGGCAGGAUUUCCGGGAAGCAGCGGCCCGUUCAGAUUCACACCCAGCUCUGACUUCCCCACCUACGCACCAGCAGCUACCGCAGGGCCCAAUAUUGUUUGUAAAGCGUGUGGACUUUCCUUUUCAGUCUUCAGAAAGAAGCACGUCUGCUGUGACUGCAGGAAAGACUUCUGCUCCUUCUGCUCAGUCCCACAAGGAAACCUCCGCAGAUGUUCCACGUGCCACCUGCUCCAGGAGACGGCCUUCCAGCGCCCUCAGCUGAUGCGGCUCAAAGUGAAGGACCUGCGGCAGUAUCUCCUCCUCCGAAACAUCCCAACCGACACUUGUCGGGAGAAGGCGGACUUGGUAGAUUUAGUACUGUGCCACCGUGGACUAGGUUCCGGGGAUGACCUGGACUCAAGUAGCCUGAAUUCCUCACGGUCCGAGACUUCUAGUUUUUUUACACAAUCCUUUUUUUCAAAUUAUACAGCCCCCCCUGCUACUGUGUCCUCCUUCCAGGGAGAGCUCCUGGACAGAGAUGGGACCUUCCGGUCAGAAGUUCUGGCUCAGGUACAAAGUGAAAUAGCUUCAGCAAACACAGAUGAAGAUGAUGAAGAAGAUGAUGAUGAUGAAGAUGAAGACGAUGAUGAUGAGCAAGAAGAAGAAGAAGAAGAAAACUUGGAGGAGCAGAACCCAGGGCUCUCUAAGAAGAAAGCGAGAGCCUCGCUGUCUGACCUGUCGAGCCUUGAGGAGGUAGAAGGGAUGAGUGUGCGCCAGCUGAAGGAAAUCCUGGCCCGCAACUUCGUCAACUAUUCUGGCUGUUGUGAAAAAUGGGAGCUGGUAGAGAAAGUCAACCGGUUGUACAAAGAGAAUGAAGAGAACCAAAAGUCAUACGGUGAACGGACGCAACUUCAGGAUGAAGAGGAUGACAGCCUGUGCCGGAUCUGCAUGGAUGCUGUCAUUGACUGUGUCCUGCUGGAGUGUGGGCACAUGGUCACCUGCACCAAAUGUGGCAAGCGCAUGAGUGAGUGUCCCAUCUGCCGGCAGUAUGUGGUACGAGCUGUGCAUGUUUUCAAGUCAUGAAAUUGAGGCCCCCCACAUGGGACACUCCUCUGACUCUAUCCCACACAUUUGAGUGCGUAAAAGGGACUGGAAACUUACUGUUCCAAGGCAGAAGCUAUUUUUAAAAAUUAUUUUCCUUACCGACUGGGGACAGAAAGUUCAUCCUAAGUUGAAGAAACCUGGGCUGUGCCAUAGGCCUGUCUGCCUGCGGACACCACGGCUUUCCCAGCUUCUGCUGGGUUUCAUCACUUGUCUCCCCUGAGCACUAGUUGCUGAAGUCAGACUAUUCAGUGUGGGUAUUUGCUCUUGCUCUCUAGAGGCCACUCACCCUGUCUCUUAUUUCCCCUUUAUCCUGUGUUUGAAACUUUUGUUCUCUUCCAAGUGAACUUGCUGUUCACAAGUGGGCUAGUGUGGACUACCCUGAGCAGUGGCUGCUCUGAAUGUUCACUUUAUUAGUCAUGUAUAUUUUCAGUGCUAAUAUUUAAUGAAUGUAAGUUUCCACAUUGUUGCUAUCUCUGCAUUUAAACAUAAUUGGGAGACAAUUGACGUUCUAUAGUCAACUGCCAGGGCCUCAGAUAAAUAUGUCCAUUUUUGUUCAGAUACAGCUUUUAAUAGCAAGGGCUGCAUCUAGCUUCUUAGAAGAUUGUGUGUGCUAAAUUCUUUAUUAAUAUGUAAUCAAUUUACACUGUUUUGUAUAGUGAAGGUGUAUUUUUAGUGCUCCCUGCUAGUAAUUUUAACUUUAGGAAUAAAAUUAGAUUAAAAGGCUGCUGUAGUUUAUACUGUCUCCCUAAGUUUCAAACUUAUUUGCAUAUAGCAUAAACAGGCACCAACGCCCUGCUCUAGCACUUCUCUUCAGAAGAGAUGCGAACGCCUUCAGAGACCAUCUUUGCUGCUCACUUACCAUAGUUGUGUUUACUGUGACAAGGUAUUGUUAGGUGCUUUACGGUUUUCUCAGUCCUUACCAUCAGUCUAAAAUAGAUAGAGAACCCAGUCUCUGAGAGGUUAAUAGCUUUGUUUAAAAUCUCAGGUACGAAGUGUGUGUAUUGUGUCUCUCUCUCUCUCUCUCUCUCUCUCUCUCUCUAUAUAUAUAUAUAUAUAUAUAUAUAUAUAUAUAUAUAUAUAUAGUACUGAGGGUGUAGCUCAUGGCUAGAGAGCAUACUGUUAUUAGUAAACCCCAUGUUAUGUCACAGCACUGGGAUGGGGGAGGGGACAGACAACAGAUUUCAAAUCUAACUCUUAAUGCUAAAGGUUUUCUUUUUCAGCCCUUGGAAUACAUAUAGUAAAUGAGAAUUUGAGAUCAAUAGCUUACAUAGAAGGGUUCUAGGGCCAGCUUGAGUCAGGGUUUGCUUUUGGUUGAGAACAAUUGUCAAUUCACCUUACUUUACAUUGUAUGAGGUAUUGUAAGUCAUCUGGGUAUGAUGUGCAACAUACAGGAUUAUGUAUGCAGGUAUUCACAAAUACUACACUAUGCACGUGACUUAAGCAUGUAUGGAUUUUGCCGUCUGUGGGGCAGUUUUGGGGCCAGUCCACACACGGUAAUACCAGGGAUGACUGCUUACUUUUUUUGACAAAGGGUAAACAUUUCUUCUGAAAGCUGCAUAUUUUAACUGGCAUGCCAUGCCCAUAACAUAUGUCAAAUGGAUAAAGUUCUAAAGGUUCACAGCAGAAUAGAAUGAAAUCUCCUUAUUGUCUUCACAGUAGAAAAGAACGUAAUUUGAGGCACCAUGGUAUCUUCUGCAAAUAUCAGGUUCCCUUGAUGGACUGGUGCCUCACUUUCUGCUCUACAAGUUCAGAUUGACCAUAGCAAGUAUAUUCACAAGGUUAUGGUCUUUCUACUACUUUACCAGCUGUGGGGUAUGGUCUUGGAGCACCCGUUUGUAGCAUGUGAUUUACACUGGCUUCAUUUGAAGCUUGUUAAAAACUAUAGAUGGCUGUUGAGAUGGCUCCAUGAUCCUCAUGACCAGAAUUAAGACCUACUUCCCACAUGGUGGAGAGAAUCAACUUCCCCUGACUUCCAUCACAUAGAUAAAUAAACGUAACAACACAAAUCUACAGAGAUUGUUUGCUUUGGGAUACAAUCUUCUUGGUGGUUCAGUACUCCCUGGGCAAUGUUGACAGUGACCUGUGUGCUAGUCUGGAGCUAUGUGCAUAUAGUGGUGUGAAGCCAGAUUUUUAGCAGAGAUUGUGUAUCAGGGGAAUCACCCUGAAAGCGGUUCUCAGGAGACGGCUUCCCCCGCCCUUUUUUUUUGGUUUCUCUGUGUAGCCUUGGCUGUCCUGAAACUUGCUCUAUAGAACAGGCUGGUCUCGGACUCAGAGAUCCACCUGCCUCUGCCUCCCAAGUGCUCAGAUGAAAGGCAUGUGCCACCACCGCCUAGCCAAAGAUGGCUUUUCUAACAUCAGGGUGUAGCUGUUUUAUAUGGAGGUUCAGAGAACUCAAACUACCACAGAAAUGGCCUUUACGUCUAUAUUAAUGAACCUUCAGGCCAGUAAAGUCAAAUUGCCUUUUUACAAGUAAACAACAGUGUUAACAAGUCUUAAUUCUGUUAUGUUACUCCCCAGAGUUGAACACAAGAAGCCAUUGUUGCUAGAAUUUGAGUCAAAAGGUUUUUGGAUUAAACAAGAGGCAAAUGCUUUAGAUGAGGUCUUUCAAAACUGGAGUGUUAACAGGAAGGGCUUUUCUUGCCGGGCCAAGAUCUUUAUUUUACACAUCUUUAGAGUUAUUUCUAUACAUGGACAUCAAGUCAGAACUGUCUAAAAAUGUUCUGUGACCCCAAAUUCUAACAUCUUAGUCUUCUAGCCCCCAGGCCCAAGGCCACUGCACAGAAUGCAACCUCUUUGAGUUGUCUCCCUGCCCUCUACAUCUGGGAAACUUCAAGGAAAGAGUAAUGUUAAGUAGCUGUGGUAGCCCUAGUCUCUAGUUGGUGGAACUAUUUGGGAAGGAUUAGGAGGUGUGCUCUUAUUGGAGGUGGUGAAUCACCAUUCCUGCCAGGCGGUGGUGAUACAGGUCUUUAAUCCCAUCACUUGGAAGGCAGGGGUAGAUGGAUCUCAGUGAAUUCAAGGCCAGCGUGAUCUACAAAGGGAGUUCGAGGACAGCUAGGACUGUUACACACAGAAACCUUGUCUCGAAAAACCAAAAAAAAAAAAAAAAGAAAAAAAAAAAAGAAAAAGACUCACCAUUCCCAGUGUGCCUCCCAGUUGUGGAUUGAUCAAGAUGAUAGGAGCUCUCAGCUGCUAUUAUAGCUACCUACCUCUCUCCGCUACGCCUCGACUCCAUCACUAUAAAUUCUAACCCUCUGACCAUAAGCUCAAUUAACCUUUCUCUUACAAGUUGCCUGGUCACAGUAUUUUGUCAUCGCAGUAGAACCCUAAGACAGACAGUGACCAUGCAUGGAAAUUACUUCUGUACAGGCGUAGCAGGAGACGUUUUGACAGGUCAGUCACUAUUCCUAAUAUCCACAAGUGGCCAUCAUUGUAGCAUAGUUUUUCCCAUUACCUUUAUUGGUCAGAAACAAAUCUCUCUGUAGGAGGAAAAAAAAAAAAAAAAAAAAAAAACGCUGUGUCUCAGGGCUGCUGCAUUUCUCAGAUGACAGAGAAAUUACACAGUCCGUCCAGGUCAAGAGUCCAUUCAUUCAUCUCGGCCAUUCCAAUUCGAUUUCUAGCCCUCUCAGAGAAACAGAAACCCUCAAACACCAAGAGUGGAUUUUUUUUUUUGUACAAUUGUUUAUACAAAUCCAACAAAGGUAAAACUGCAUCAGGGAAAGUCUAGGAAACACCACCAUACAACAGUGGCACUUAUGGAUGCAGAACUCGACAACUAGAAAAUAACCUGGUUACCAACGUCAGUGAGAACUGAACACUUGAAAGGAAGGCUAUGGGGCACAUUUAUUCUACUCGAUUCAUGGUAUAAAUUAGAUCUGUGUAGAUAGGAUAUAAGAGCUCAUGCUUGGAGCCAAACCCUCCUGAGUGUAAAGGCUGAAAUCUGAAUUGUAAAAGUUUAAGGAAAAGGUAAACUCUCUAUUGAAACUUGGCGAAGUGUUUUACCUGGACUAUACACUUAUCCACAACAUGCUCGUGUAACUUCUUGACAUACAAAGUAGGCUCUCAACAUCCAGUUAAACAUGCUUUUAAGUGGAAGAUCGUAGCCCCCUGUCACACCUGGGUACAUCUGUAGAUGGGCUCUUUAUGUUGAUGAAGUACAGGUUAAGUUCUUCCUACCUGAAGGAAAGUUGGCAAUCUAAAUAAUAAAAACACUGGUAUGCAUUCAAA